CAAUGAAAACCCGUGACGUAGUAUUGGUGACCACUCUGAGCUGCAGUGUAGUGGCUGUUCUGUUCGCUAUCGCAGUCUACCUGUUCGUCAGGAGGCGUAGGAGAAAGAGAGAGGACGACGACGACACCAGCUGUGCUAUACGGGCGGACACGACAUCGAGUGAUGGGGGCAGAGAGAAAAACAUCACGCGAUUAAAUGGAUUUCUGAGUCUGAAGACACCGCUGAUUAGCACAAAGACACUGGGAGCUCAACUCGAAACAACAUCAAUAAGUUCACCGCAAGCGAAAUCCCCGGCCGGCAGCAGCGCCGGUGCCGCCGCCAGCGCGUCCACUGCACCAGGCGAACGAACCCCAACCGCGCACAACAAGCAGCUGCAAAAUGUCAAGGGACAAGACCACCCGCCGCAUCCAUCUAUGGCGUUCCUUCAGAACCGGUCCAUCUCCCUGGUGGACAUGUACAUCGACAACUCGGAACCAUCGGAGAACGUCGGACAGAUACACUUCUCGCUUGAGUACGACUUCCAGAACACCACGCUGAUACUGAAGAUCAUACAGGGGAAAGACCUGCCGGCGAAGGACUUAAGUGGAACAUCAGACCCUUACGUACGCGUCACACUCCUCCCGGAUAAGAAGCAUCGUCUGGAGACCAAGAUCAAGCGUCGAACCCUGAACCCUCGGUGGAAUGAAACCUUUUACUUCGAAGGGUUCCCUAUACAGAAGCUGCAGAGUCGGGUCCUUCACCUGCACGUGUUCGAUUAUGAUCGGUUCUCGAGGGAUGAUUCUAUCGGGGAGGUGUUCCUUCCCCUCUGCCAGGUGGAUCUAAGCGAGAAGCCAUCAUUCUGGAAGGCGCUGAAGCCCCCAGCGAAGGACAAGUGCGGGGAGCUGCUUACCUCCCUCUGCUACCACCCGAGUAACAGUGUGCUCACCCUCACGCUGCUCAAGGCUAGGAAUCUGAAGGCGAAGGACAUCAAUGGGAAAUCAGAUCCGUACGUAAAGGUGUGGCUACAGUUCGGCGACAAACGCAUAGAGAAACGCAAGACAGCGAUAUUCAAAUGCACCCUGAACCCGGUGUUCAACGACUCGUUCUCGUUCAACGUCCCCUGGGAGAAGAUCAGGGAGUGCUCCCUGGACGUCCAGGUGAUGGACUUUGAUAACAUCGGCAGGAACGAGCUGAUCGGCAGAAUACUUCUGGCUGGCAAAAACGGAUCGGGAGCUACAGAAACGAAACACUGGCAGGACAUGAUCACAAAACCGAGGCAGACGAUCGUUCAGUGGCACCGCCUUAAGCCCGAGUAAAAUUGUUAUAAAAAAGUUACACAACAUAAGACUGAGCGGUUAAAAAUGUUACAUAACAUGGUAUGCUCUGGGGCUGUCCUUUCUUGCGCUGUGCACAGUACUUAGUUUUUUUUUUAUAUUUUUUUUUUCUUAAAAUAUUUUUAUGUGCUCUGUGGUAUGAUUUCGUAUAUUAUUUUACUUGUAUAAUUUCCUUUGAUUGAAAUUACGGUAUCGUAUUUUUCUACAGUGUUGUGAAGUGAAUUAUGUAUACCAAAAAAAAAAUAUUUUUUAGAU